GGACCCGAGACGGAACCUGAGCGGGAGCACGAGCCCGUGCGCGACGUUGGGUCCGAGAGGCCUCAGAGCAGUCAGGAACUGGAGCUGGUGGAGAGCCUGCUGAAGAGCAGACCAGAGGAGCCCGAGGGCUGCUGGGAGGCACGCAGUGUGGGGGCCGGGGGCUCACGGGGCAGCUCAGGCCGCCAGGAGCGCAGCCGGCUGCCCUGGGAGGACACAGCUGCCAUAGAGGAGGAUGCCUCCAAGUUGACUGCCCUGCGGUUGCGGCUGGAUGAGUCCCAGAAGGUGCUGCUCAAGGAACGAGAGGAUAAACUGACACUGAGCAGGAACAUUGAGAAGCUGGAGGGGGAACUCAGCCAGUGGAAGUUCAAGUACGAGGAGCUGAGCAAGACCAAGCAGGAGAUGCUCAAGCAACUCAGCAUCCUGAAGGAGGCUCACCAGGACGAGCUGGGCCGCAUGUCUGAAGACCUGGAGGACGAGCUGGGUGCGAGAUCCAGCAUGGACAGGAAGAUGGCUGAGCUGAGGGGCGAGAUGGAGCGGCUGCAGGCGGAGAACGCAGCUGAGUGGGGUCGGCGUGAGCGGCUGGAGACCGAGAAGCUGGGCCUGGAGCGAGAGAACAAGAAGCUGCGGGCGCAAGUCGGGGACCUGGAGGAGGCCCUGGCCCGGAGGCGGCGACAAACAGCCAGCGCACUGGACUGCGACCUGCGGGCCAGCCAGGCUGCACUCUUCGAGAAGAACAAGGAGCUGGCAGACCUGAAGCAUGUGCAUGGCAAGCUGAAGAAACAGUUCCAGGAGAAGGUGGCAGAGUUGGCACAUGCCAACCGGCGGGUGGAGCAGCAUGAGGCAGAGGUGAAGAAGCUGCGGUUGCGGGUAGAGGAGCUCAAGAAGGAGCUGGCCCAGGCUGAGGAUGAGCUGGAUGAGGCCCACAACCAGGCACGUAAGCUGCAGCGGUCACUGGACGAGCAGACGGAGCAGAGCGAGAACCUGCAGGUGCAGCUAGAGCAUGUGCAGUCCAGGCUUCGCCGGCAGCAGCAGACCGCCCCCCUCUUCGGGAAGAUCCGCAGUGCUCGCUUUGGCACUGAGGAGGCCGGGGACGGCGCCAGCGACCUGGAUGACGACGAAGACCUGCAGAUCCAGGUGGCCUAGAGCUCCCCGGCUGGCAGGACGGGCCCAAGGCCGCAGCAACCCUGGGUGCCCAGGCUGACUGGCCACUCGAACUGAUGCAGCUGCCGGGCUCGCUCGGGGAGCGACCCCACUCCCUGCCACAGACAACCCUUUCUCUCCCAGGGUGGGGUCAGUGGCCCACCCUACCAAUGCCCCGUGGAAGGGUACCCACGGCCUAUGUUUUUUAUAUAUAUAGAUAUAUUUUUUAUAUAUAUGCCUGGUGUUAUAAACGCAAUACUGCUCCAAGGCCUGGUCUAGGUGCCCCCACCCACCCAGGACUUUCAUGUAGGGGGAGGGGGAUGUCAAGAGAGGGCCAUUGAGUCCCCAACCCAGGCUGCCUCUCUGAGCUGCGGGGGGGUUG